AUGGAAUACAACGAUGAACGACGCAAUAAGUUUGGAAUAGCGGUGAUAAUAUCAUUAUUAUUUUUCAUAUUUCAUACGCAUAAUAACACAAAUGAGUAUAAUGGUAUACAUAUUCCUACACUUCGACAAAAUUUAGGUAAGCCGAAUUUUGCUAGAUCUUAUAAUAGUCUAAUAAGAGUACGUAAUACUGAUGUAACAUUAUCUGCACCAUAUCUGGAUAAAAUUAAUAAGAAUUGGCACGUUGGUGGUUCUACGAUGAUACGAAACAAUGGAUUCAUACAAUUGACGAGAUCAGGUGAGACAAAUCGUGCAGGUUCAUUAUUGUCUAAUGGGGUCGGUGAUAAUAAAAUUAAUAAUUAUGAAACAGUUUAUGAUUUUAAAUUACAGGAUAGUCAUGGAGAUGGGAUGGCAUUUGUUAUGACUUCGGAGAAUGGAUUUAUUUGGAGAGAUUUAACUUCAUCCUACGCAUUAAGACAAUAUAUGACAAAUACAAAUGGGAUUUUGCCGAAUGAUAUCACUAUGAUGGGAUUCCCCAAAAAUUUACCAGGUCUAGCAAUCAUUUUACAAACAAAUACAGUGACUGGUAUACCUGAAUGUGAUAUAUAUUUGAAUUUAGACCCAUCACAACAUUCAUAUGAUUUUGAAAGUUUUGGGAGAGAUAGUAGUUCAAUUAAAUUAAAUCAAUAUUCUAUUCGAUUAAAUGAAAAUAUCUUGAAUGGACAACGAACAAGAUUAAGAAUAAUAUAUUUGGAAAGUAUACGGUUUUUAAAGAUUGAUAUAUCAUAUACUCAAGGACGAAAUUGGGAAGAACUAUAUAUCAAUCAGGAUUUACCAUGGGAUUUACCAAAAAACCGUAGAUCUGGUGAAAGAUAUAUAGGUGUCUCGAGUCUUGCUAAACAUAAUAGUCAAAGUGUCUCUUUGUUUAGCAUAUGGACUAAUGAAUUCCAUUGGUCAAAUAAUCGUGAUGAGACAAUGGAAAUUGCAAAUGAUGAAUUUAAGAAAGAUGCAUUAAAUUUUAUUCAAAGGGAAUAUGGAGUGGUAGUCACUACAAAUACAAAAAACAUUCAAAAACAAGUACCGACAAAACAACAAUCACCUUGGUUUCAAUCUUUUGGAUGGAUAUGGUUGAAAAUUAUUGCAAUAAUCAUCAUUUUAAUGAUAAUAUAUCUGAUGUCGAUUUACCUCAGAGUAAUCACGAAACAUGUUCAUAAAUUAAAGAAAAAACGAUUACGUAGAUUGCGUAAAAAAAAUAACAAGGACGACAUGUUACUACCGAUUUAA